AUGGCCAAGCCAGCGACGUCCGGCCUUCCGUCUCCAACCCCCCCAACGCGGUCGCUCGCCCCCCCGAGUGCUACGACCGCAACUGCCAACAACAACAAGGACCUCGCCGACGCACCGCCGCCCGACGUGGCAGCAACUACGAACGACGACAUGCUCAACAAGAUGGUGCACAUUCGCACGGGCCCACGAAAGAAAGCCGGCAACAUCGAGACGACGACGACGACGACGACGCGGCUGCCGAGCAACCGUCUCUUCUCGCGGGCGAGUCGCCAGCAGCGCGAGUCACCGCGGUUGCAACCACUCUCGAAUCAAAACAGUAUUGCGCCGGCCCCCGACGCCGACGAACGCUCCAAGAAAUCGAGCACCGACGACUCGGAGAACGACGACGACGGCAACGCGUCGACAGUGCAGCUACCGCCCGCGUCUUCGACGUACACGUCGUAUCCUGGCUGUGCCAAAGACGCAAUUGUCAAGCCCAGAUUGGACGAGACACGUCUUGAUGCACUCUCCAUUUCGGCGCGGCUCGCCAACGCCGGCAUCACAACCUCGUCGACUUCGAUCGUGAUGAAGGAGCGAAGUAGCGCCACGAGGGGCCUGGUCGGGCUUCAGAACCUCGGCAACACGUGCUUUAUGAACAGUUGUCUCCAGUGCCUGAGCAACGUCCCGCUCGUGAUGCGGUACUUCCGCAUGGGGCAGCACCUCCAGGAACUCAACGAAGCCAGUCCAACCCAAGGCAAACUCGCGUGUGUAUUUGGCGACCUGACGCAAGUGCUGUGGCAACAAGCCGAGUUUAGCUCGACGCGCCCUGUCGAGUUGAAGCGCGUAGUUGGCAAGCUCGCGUCGCGCUUCAUUGGGUACGAGCAGCACGACGCCCAAGAGUUUCUCCGCUUCCUCGUCGACGGUCUCCACGAAGAUCUCAACAGGAUCAAGAAAAAACCAGCGUACUACGAAAUCCCCGAUCGCCCGAGCGCGAGCGACAAGGACGUCUCGGACGAGUACUGGCAGUUUUACGUGCAGCGCAACAUGAGCGCGCUCUCGGAGCAGUUUUGCGGCCAAUUGCGCUCCGAAGUCACGUGCCAAACGUGCCAGCACCGGUCUGUGUGCUUUGACGUCUUUUGGGAUCUCUCGAUUCCGGUGCCCAAGAAAGGCAAGAGCUUGGCGUCUCGCUUCAAAACCGACGACGACAAUGGCGUGCCCGUCGAAGACUGCCUGCGCGCGUACACGGAAGAAGAGCAUAUCCAGGAGGACGACGCAUUCUACUGCGCCAAGUGCAAGACGCACCGGUCGGUGGUCAAGAAGAUCAACCUCCAGCGAUGCCCGCACGUGCUCGUGCUGCAUCUUAAGCGCUUCUCGUACUCGACCUUUAGCCGCGAUAAGAUCUCGACGCCAAUCAAGUUUCCCGCCGACGGGCUCAACCUCAAAGAGUUUUGCACCAAGGACAACCUGCACUACGACAAGUGCUGGGACUAUGAUCUUAUCGGGGUCAUCCACCACAUGGGCUCGCUCAACGGCGGGCACUACACCGCCGAAUGCCGCAACCCCGAGAACGACCAGUGGUACGACUUUAACGACGAGACGGUCUCGGGCAUCAAGAAGCCGCACGUCUCAAGCGGCACAGCCUACAUCCUCUUUUACCAGCGGCGCGCGCACGUAUGA